AUGGAAUCGGAAACCAAACAAACGAAGAUCCCGCCGAAGAACUUCUCGAUAGAAUCGAUCGUCGGCAUCGAUCGCCGAUCGCCCGAAAUCGAUAUCGAGAACAAUAUCGAUUUUAACGAUGACGAAGUGAAGAAAGUGGGCUAUUAUUUUCAAAAUCGAGUGCCGAAUUUCCCGUUUUUCAUGUAUGAGAAGCGGGGCGAAUUCCAGGGGGAGGACCUGAAGAGGGCGAGCCCGGGAAGUGUUCGAAGCGAAGUGGACAGCGACGGCGCGGAGGAACGGCCGCACGAAUCCCUGAGCCCGCAAUCCGAACAAAUAACAAAUUCUUCAUCUGCACCAGAUCCUAACAUCAGAAGAUAUCGUACUGCCUUCACAAGGGAACAGCUAGCUCGACUGGAAAAGGAAUUUAUGAAAGAGAACUACGUGUCGCGGCCCAGACGGUGCGAGCUAGCGGCGCAGUUGCAGUUACCAGAAUCUACUAUAAAGGUAUGGUUCCAAAACCGAAGAAUGAAAGACAAGCGCCAGCGCAUUGCUGUGGCCUGGCCUUACGCCGCUGUCUACAGCGAUCCAGCAUUUGCAGCAUCGAUACUCCAAGCUGCGGCUUCCUCAGUGGGCCUACCCUACGGCUACCCGUCGGCACCCAUGAUUCCUCCUUUCCACAACCCCCAGCUUUUACCCACUGGUUAUCCCUACCCCUACCCUUACCCAAGAUACCCGUAUAUUCCCCCAACACCUCCAUCACCGGUUAACCCUGAAGGUUCAGUUCGUCCUGGAUACUCAAACUUUAAUAUCAAUGUUGAUAAGUAA